AUGGCUUCCAACCUCUCCUUCAUCCUCAACAAGCCCAACGACGUCAGCUUCGAGGAGCGGCCCGUGCCCAAGCUGCAGCACGCGCACGACGUCCUCGUCGCCAUCAACUACACGGGCAUCUGCGGGUCCGACGUGCACUACUGGCAGCACGGGGCGAUCGGGCACUUCGUGGUCAAAGACCCCAUGGUGCUCGGCCACGAGUCGGCCGGCACGGUGGUGGAGGUCGGGUCGGCGGUCAAGACGCUGCGCAAGGGCGACCGCAUCGCGCUCGAGCCGGGCUACCCCUGCCGCCGCUGCGCGCCCUGCCUGUCGGGCCACUACAACCUGUGCCCGGACAUGGUCUUCGCCGCCACCCCGCCCUACCACGGCACGCUGACGGGCUUCUGGACGGCGCCCUCGGAUUUCUGCUACAAGCUCCCCGAUAACGUCUCCCUCCAGGAGGGCGCGCUCAUCGAGCCGCUCGCCGUCGCCGUGCACAUCGUCAAGCAGGCGCGCGUGCAGCCGGGUCAGAGCGUGGUGGUGAUGGGGGCCGGCCCCGUGGGCCUGCUGUGCGGGGCGGUGGCGCGGGCGUUCGGGGCGACCAAGGUGGUGGCGGUGGACAUCGUGCAGGGCAAGCUGGACUUUGCGCGCGGGUACGCGGCGACGCACACGUACCUGUCGCAGCGGGUGUCGGCGGAGGAGAACGGGCGGCGGCUGGUGGCGGAGGCGGAUCUGGGCGGCGGCGCCGACGUGGUCAUCGACGCUUCCGGCGCGGGGCCGUCGAUCCAGGCGUCGCUGCACGUGGUGCGCAUGGGCGGCACCUACGUGCAGGGCGGCAUGGGCAAGGCCGACAUCAGCUUCCCCAUCAUGGCGCUCUGCCUCAAGGAGGUGACGGCGCGCGGCUCGUUCCGCUACGGCAGCGGCGACUACAAGCUCGCCAUCGAGCUCGUCGCCGCCGGCAAGGUCGACGUCAAGGCCCUCGUCAACGGCGUCGUCCCCUUCAAGGACGCCGAGGAGGCCUUCAAGAAGGUCAAGGAGGGCCAGGUCAUCAAGAUCCUGAUCGCCGGGCCCAACGAGAAGGUUGACGGCGCCAUGGACACCAGCGUGGACGAGAAGAAACUCAAGGAGGCCAAGGCGGCCGGCAGCACCGGCUGCUGCUAA